CUGACUGAGUGUGAUACAGAGUUACAUGGCUGAAAUUUAGCUUUUUUUUGUUUGUUUGUUUUGGUUUUACUUCAGCGUUUCUAAUGAGGUUUGGGGUUAAAGAUGAUGCGAAGAUCAAGAAUCAGCGUUAAACCUAACUUCAGGCCUGGAAAUCGGACUGGUACAGAAGGUGAGCAGGCCUCCCAGAGGGUGAGCGUAGCAGGUGACACCUUGCUAGCAGUUGAUGCUGAAGAAAGGGCAAAGCCAGCACCAUCUCACCAGCAAAACGUAACACUUAAAGAGCCUCCUGAAGAUGUGGGUUUAAAAGAGACACCUGAAAUGCCUUCACAGUUGAACCAACACGAUGGUGCACCCUCUAGUGGAGCUGCCACUUCAACUCCAGCUCCACAUAGAAGAAUGAGGAUCUCAGCUACUCCAAAACUUCUUGGGCCCAAAUUUAGUUCCACACCUCGAUCUCGACCUUCUGCCAGGAUGCCUAGCUCUGCCCCAUCAUCUCUGCCCAAUAAAGAGCAUGUUCAGACCUAUGAUUUGGUUCCUGAAGCUCAGGAUUCAGUUUCACUACUCUCUAGUGAGCUGUCUGAAUCAGGGACACCUGGUAAAUCCAAAUCUGCUACAGAACUGCCUACACAGUCUUGUACAAUGACACAGUUGUCAUCUCUGUGCAUUCCUUCCACUUAUGGUCUUCAAAAGACUCCACUCCAUGGAAAAAAAUCAGUGGGGGAUUCUCCACCAUCUCCACAGCCUGGUCAAGUUCCACAGCAACCACCACAAGAACCAGAAUCCCCUGAAUGUCCAUCUACAUCAGAUCUGUUUUCAGGUUCGACCAAGCUUUCCUAUUCAGAUAAGGCAGGUUCUUCUGAGCUGACUAAAAAAUCCUCAGACAAAGACCAAAUAUUAAGGGCUCUUAAAUUGAAGGAACUGAUGAAGAUUGAACGGAGAAAAGAUAUUAAGAAGGAGAAGAGAAAGGUCGGUUACAAGAAGUACAAAGUUUUGGAUCGCAGUAAGAUGACCAUGAGGGACCUUAUUUAUUACUUACCCAAUACCAGUCCUAUGAGGUCUUCUGUAGUUCAUGAGGAGAACCCAGCUGAGAACAAUAUUCCACCUUCACCCAAGGAACAAAUAAAAACAGCAGAUGAUGAUGAAGAAGAAGAAGAAGACGACGACGAGUUCGAAAAUGAAGAUAUGCUAGUGCCAAAGGUCAGAGUGGCGGAGGACGGCUCAAUCAUACUGGAUGAAGAAAGUUUGACAGUACGAGUACAAAGGACCUCAGACACCAAAGUGGUGGAGAAUUCUGCUGCACUGUUUGAGCGAGGCUCGACUACAACUUACACCAGCUUCAGAGCAGUAAACCAUGUAAAGAGCUGGUCAGUCAGAGAGACAGACUUGUUCUUCUUGGCCAUGAGCAUGGUGGGGACAGAUUUCUCUCUGAUUGGCCAGCUGUUAACCAACCGUAGCCGUGCAGCAAUUAAGAGUAAAUUUAAGAAGGAGGAGAGAGUCAACUCAUGGAGAGUAGACAAAGCUUUGAGAAACAAGCGACCCUUUGACAAAGAGUUCUUCAGCUAUUUGCUGGAGAAGGUUUUGGCAAAAGAUAAAGACAAAAGAAAAGCUAUAAAACUCGUACUGCCAAAAACCAAGAAAACAAGAAGAUCCAAAGGAAAAACAUCAAAAGAAAUUUGUGUUGAUGAUGAUGAUGUCUUCCACUCGGAUGAUCUUGAAGACUUGGAGGAUGAUGGGGCUGUCACUGUAGAAAAAGAAAGUCAAGAGGUGUCUAAUGUAAAAGAAGCAGAUGUGACUGUCCUUUCUAAAAAGAUGCGCAAACGCAGGAGAGACAAAGACAACUCCACUGAGGAAGAAGUCAAAAGAAAAAGACAAAGAAAAUGUAGCAAGAAAACGAGAGAGCUACACUCCAAGGAUGAUACUGAAGGUGAACAGAACCUCAAUGUCGAGGGUGAAGUUAUAAAUGCAAAUGAGGUGGAUGAACUUGAAAGAAGUACCUCGGCUUCGAAACGAAGGCACAAACGCUCAAAGGGCAAUGAAAACGAAAAGCCAGUUAAAGAGAUAAAGCACAAAAGAAACAAGAAAUCACUCAAAGGUUGUGAUCAUGAAGAGUCUUUUAGUCAACAUGAAGAAAGCAGCGUUGACAAUGAGGAGGAUUCUGCUAUUCCGCAGAAUAGAAAGCGAGUCAAAAACAGUGAUUUGGAUGGGAAUGAGCCGGUCAUGGGGAAAAAGACCACAAAAAGAAAAAAGGCACUGAAAAUAGAAGAGGAAGGAACUGCAGAAGGAGGACAUGCUUCAGCAGGUUUACAGGAGGCUGAACAGUUAAAUGCUACAGUUACAGCUGAAGUAGCAGAUAAUGUUUCAGUCAAAGGUACCAGGCGAAGUAAGAAGCCUUUGCCUAAACUGGCUAGAACACAAAGCAAGGAAACGAAUGAACCACAAGCUUCUGCUGAAGUUCAAAAGGAGAAUCGAAAUGAGAAGAUCCAUGAAUCCAUUCUGACGGCAGCAGGCAGUCCUUUACAGGAUGAGAGGCUCCAGAUGCAAGCGGUGGUGGUGUUGGAAAAGACUCCUCCAAGGCAUCAAUAUUUGCUCAGCCCUUCAAAAGACAAGGGCGCAAAUAAUGAACUGGAGCCUUCAAUGAGAUCUCCAUCUAGCAGUGAGAGCUCUUCUACUCCGCAGACAAGAAUGGGAAGAGCACGAAAAGUAAAGCGUGAUCUGUCUACUAUUCGGAAGGCGGGUAAAAGAAAAGAAACAAUGGCUCGGGUUGAGCCUGAGCCAGAGAACCCAAUGGUUCUGUUAGAGUCUAUCGCUCGGGAAUCCGAAGAUGAAAAUGAUGACUACUCCUUGAAUGAGAACCUGAUGGACAUGUCAUGCCUAAGUGAUCUAGAUAGUCAGAUGUUUCAAAGAAAGCCAAUGGUUGUGUUAUCCCGUGAAGAGGUGGAUAAGAUCCUUCAUGCUUCAGAACAAAGUGCUGAGGAGGAUCCAUCUGUGAGCCCUCUGGAUUUAUCAUUGAACACAGAGCUCUCUUUUCCACUUCAAUGCAGCAAGAUUUUGGAAGAUAAUGAGGAAGCUGUGGUGGAUUGCAUGUUUGAGGAACAUGAGGAAAGAACAAAUGAGAGCAUUUCCAGUGAGGCAAGAAACUGUGAAGAACUGGAGCCUGCAUUGGUGCAGCCUGAUAUCUCAAACCUCAGGGACAUUUCUACCUCCGUAAAACCAGAGGUGUGCAGUCAACCAGAAGUAGGCCUAAGCAACAUAACAACCUCAUGCCCAAUAGAGGAGGCUGAACCUCAGGUCCACCCAAUGGCUCACAAAGAUGUGACCACCGUAGCUGCAGUGCUUGACCUUCCUCCACCUCUGGUUGUUCUGGAUAAUGUAGAUGCUCUCUGCAUGAAAACAGAUGAAGCUGUAGCUACUACAGUUGACACUUCAGUGGUGGUUUUAGAUGUCAAAGAGAAAUCUGAGAAAGCUAUGCUGCCAUCCUCACUCAAAGAGCCUAGACUAGCUUCCCCUGAAAUCACAGCACAAUCAAAGCUGACCUCAUUAGGAAGAGGGUUGGGAUCUCAGCGGCAUUUGCAGGCAGAUACAGAAGUGAAAGGGGAAUUUCAGAUGUCUCUGAAGGGGUCUUCUGAAACUUUAGAGACAAUAAAGGACUCCUCAGCAAGUAAAGAGGAUACACAGGAAUCUGCCAUGGCAAGAUCAAAGAUAAAAGCAAGAACACAGAGUUGUGCGGUUGCACUAGAGGUCAAGGAGGACUCCCAGGAAGAGGUGUCUGUUCAAUCCAGUGCAUCCAUUUCUUCUGAACAUGGCAUCAAACCAACAAGGAGGAGCAAAUUUCUGAAGCCUAAGCCUAACCUGAGUCAGAAAUCAAGAGCCACAGUUCUCCAAAACCAGAGACAACACCAGAAAUCACCUAGUACUUUCAAUUCCAAGAGCAGUGAGCCUAGUAAGAUUCAUGAUCUCAGUGAUGCAGUACCAGAUCAGGAGAACAACACUACAGUAAAUCUGAGUCUGACCAGUGCUGAUGAGCCUCAAGAGGCUUCAGAAUGUAGUAAAAGUGAUGCUGACAUGAUCCCACCUUCUACUUCACCUCAGCCGUCACAGACCAGAGAACACCCCAGCGUGGGGCAGAUGAUUGUUCCUUCUGAGAAUGUAUGCGUUCCAGCAGAAAUUGUCCACUUAAGUGAAGAGAGUCACAACGAUGAGGAGCCCACGUUUAUCUUGACCCUGUACGAGAUUCCGGUCACUGAGACCUACCUGCCUUCAGCCAUUAAUGACUCUGAGAUGACUUCUGAUCUUCCCACACCUAAAACCCAAGCAUUUUUAGGGUUUUCUGACCAGGCACAAAGUUUACCAUCUACAUCGGAAUCGUCCAGCAUCACAGCAUUACAUGAAGACUCAUUACAUGACAACACUGAGCAGUGUGAGAGGGUUUCUCAUGUGCUGCUGGGUGAUGUCUUUGUGCCUGUCUCGGAGGAGACGGGAAUCGAUACAAGCAAGGGUGGGGAAAUGGCUGUAGAAUGUAAGCCUGAGAGCAAUGAAGCCUCUACAGUUGGUGUCACUGAGGAUUUGGCACAAAAUGACGAGGAGCAAAUCUCUAAAAACUUGACCUCUCAUGAACCCAUAUUCAUGGAAACAAAGAACGAGGAGAGUGCUGCUGGUGUAGACGUGGAAACUGGUAAUCCACAUCUCGACCCCCAUACAGAGGGCAAAAAUGACUCGGAAAUUGCCCCAAUUGAUGAUUUGGCAUCCAGUACUAAUAGCAUACCUUCCGGAUUGAACAUCUUAAAAGGCAUUACAUCACAUCAAGACUUUGAAGACAGUGAGCGAGUUCCACAUGUUCUGCUGGCUGACGUAUUUGUCCCUGCCUCAGAGAAGACUGGAGACGAUUCAAGCAAGGACUGGACAAUGUCUGCAGAAUGCAAGGAAGACUCUCGACAAGACCUUCGUAAUGAAGAGCUAACUAAGGUAGGAAAUUCGCCAGGAGGGUCCGACCCACCGUUAUGUUUUGACUCCACAGAAGAGGCAAAGGACACACCUCCUUUGUCAGAGAAGACAACAGCACCUGCUAGAAGGAGAGCGAGACAAAAAGUUAAGCCACAACCUAAACUGGUGAAAAGGGCAUGUUCUAAAUUUGCCUUCUCAAAAACUGAUGAAGUUGCAAAGGAGCUGAGACAGCCAAACUCUACACGUGCCGUCUUGCCAGCCUCUCAUGAAGAAAACCUGCCAGGUAAUUCAAAUACUUCUACUGAGGAGUCAGGAAAGAGCAGUUCUUCUAUCGGAAGAAACAAAACCUCUGCUAGUAGAUUUAAGGGGGUAAAGCACAAAUCCAUUGCAGACGAAUCUCCAAAUAUUUCUAAGGGUGACUUGGAACCUACAGAGAAAAAUCCCAGUGCUCUUCACCUAUCCAAAGAACCUAAGCUUGUGAAGGAAAACAUCAAAAACAUAAUGGAAGAAUAUACAAUUAAAGAUGACACUGAUUCAUUUGCAGAGGAAAAAGAACAGUCAUCCAGUGAAGGAGCAAAAGUACAGCCAUGCUGCGAGGACAUGCAUUUUAAUCUGAUGAAGAGUUCAGGUUCUGCCUCUUCGACUGUGGACUCUGAGGAAACUGAGGCAGAAUCUCAAGGUGUUUCUCACAUGGUGUUGGAUGAUGUCUUUGUUCUUGUCUCAGACGAGACGGAUGCUAACUUAAGCAAUGACUGGAGAGUACGUAUAGAAGGCACAAAGGAAGCUGGCACUCACUUUCAAAAGGAAUUAAAAACUAAAAAUGAGUCCCAAACAUCGAUCGAAGAGUCGACACAGAGUCCGUCAACGUUAGAGGAAACUAAAACACCUGUCAGAAAGAGAGCAGACAAGCAGGGGGUGAAGAGAAAGUGCACUAAACAUGACUCAACAAAAACAAGUCUGAGUCAGCAAACAUCUUCCCAAGCCAGAACACCAUCAGCACAGGUACCUAGUGUACCUCAGAAUGACAACCCGCUACUACUAGAGGAAAAGUUACAGAGAAAGCAUAAUAUCAUGCCAUGCACCAUUAGACUGUCAAGUCUUGACACUGUAGCCCAAAGUCUCAAUGCUCCCCAGCUUGGAGAUAUGACGAGAAGUGAUACGUCAAUAGGGAUAAGUUCACCAACAUGCCAUGCAAGUGGAACGACUGUAUCAGAGGAGUCAAGCACACCAGAAUUUGAUGAUAAAUCCCCUUCAAGAAGGAAAGGCAAAAAAAAGGAAUCCUCAACAGAUACAAAACACAGUCAUUUAAAACCAGUUCAAACUGUUUCACAAACUCGGCAGCUAACCAUAACUGAUUGGGUGAAGAAAAAGUCUGCAAAAAAACAGGAAGAAAAACAACCCAUGGAGUCUUCCCACAUGCAGUCAGGCCUAAAAGCCAAUGAAGAACACCAAUUCUUGGUUGAAAAGACAUGUUCAAAAUCACAACAAAAAGAUUUGGAGAAACCUGAGGGUUCUGACUUGGUGCCUACCUUGGAAGAGACUGAAGAUGUGAACAGAGUCUCUACAGAGAUACAGGAUGUGAAAAGGUUAUCAGAAAUGGUCAAGGAAUUAACCAAAGACCCAACUGUGUCACAGGUGAAGAACUCGCCUGUUAGACGGAGAGCCAAACUACAGGUGAAACCUAUACUUUCAAAAAAUUCAUGUAUCAAAAGUGAAGGUAAUACUUCAACCUCUGAUCAGCCACAACCAACCUGCUUCACCUCACCGACUCGGCAGCAUGCACGAGCAGCCAGGAAGAAGGAGGAGUACGACAACAAAAAAAAGCAAUCUGUAGAAGAGGUUACCAAUACAUCCAGCAUGGAAACAAACUCAAUGGUCAAAGAAAGCUUUUUGGUAACAAGUGGUCCCCAUUCUCCAAAAUCAAAUGACAUUUGGCCGAGGGUGGUUCUGCCACGCGUAAAAUUAUGGACCACAGAAGAAGGCGUUUACUCAACCUCAUCCACAUGUACAUCCUCUCUAGCCAGUCUUUCACAAAGUGCAUCUCCACCAGUGACUCCUCCACAGCUAAAGAAAUCCCCUACACAAAGCAGCUCUCCCACAGCCAGUGAGAAUCUCGAUGAUGACCCAUCCAGAGUUUCCCAGUUCUUCCUUUGUGAUAUCUUCACUGAAGUAGAGGAGUCAGAAUGAGCGAUGUACAACUAUAACAACAAACAAACCAGAGAUUCUUGUGGAUCUUGCCCUUGCUACUUCCGCUAAAGGAGAAUAACCAAAGCAUACUUUUAAAAUUAGGCUUGUUUAUCUUAAUACUCAUGUGCUAUGCUCCCAUUAACA